GUAUCCUCGAUCGAGCGGGGCUUCUCCAUGUCCCCUUGAUCGGUAUCGGGAUCAAUGCUUGAUUCCUGCCUAAGCAAGUGAAAUGACUCAGACAGAAUCGACACUCGAGGAACCUCGCCGAAUCGACUUCAGUCAGGCGAGUGAUGAUGAGUCGCGUCAAUGUAUUCCGGUCUAUCUGCGGAUCAAGCCGUCGGAGGACGAGGAAAUGUCGAUCAAGGUGAUCGACGACCAAACAGUGGAAACGAAUCAUGCAUACAGAUCGAAUAAGAGGGCCAAGUAUUCCCGGAUUUUCUCCGGGGAUGCAAGUCAGCAAGAAGUUUUCGAUGGCACAAGCGCUCAUUUGAUCAAGAAAUUUCAAGAAGGAGCCAACGUGAUGACAUUCGCUUACGGGGUGACCUCAUCCGGGAAAACUUUUACAAUCCUGGGCAGCCACGCCGAUCCUGGCAUCCUGCCGAGGAUGCUGAAUAUCAUUUUUAAACCUUCUCUCUCGGAUUUUGGAAAUAUCACACGAAGUUGCUAUCAGCCGUCGAAGUUUGACGGGAUCCAGGAUAUUUCGGAAGAGGACUACGACCUACUGGAAGAUAUGAAGAACUCCCUACUCUCGAAGGUGAAAGGGUCCACCAGGUCUUUCGACCAAUAUUCUUUCGCGGAAUCUCCACCGAACGACAGUUUCACCUCCAUACACGAGGACGGAUCGGACAUGUCCCGCAGCAUGUGGAUAUCGAUAUACGAUAUCCAUAACGAAAUUAUAACCGACCUCCUGAGCGCUGAUUCCAAACGGAAACGCAAGGCGCUCACCAUCGGUCAGGAUCCCAAUGGUCGGACCUUUGUCAAGGACCUUAUACAGCUGCCCGUCAACUCGGCGUCGGAGGCUUACGCUCUCCUCCAGUACGCCAGCCAGAAUCUAGCAACGGCGAAAACGAAAUUGAACGACAAUUCGUCGCGAUCGCAUUUGGUUUUCGAUCUCAAGGGGUUGCAUCGGGGAGGAGCAACAGCGAAACCAUUCGUGAAUCAUUUCGUCAUCAGCGAUCUCGCCGGCAGCGAGCGUCAGUCCAAGACCGGGACUUCAGGAACGACGCUAAGGCAAGCAGGCGCGAUCAACAAUUCCCUUCUGGUUCUCGGUCGUUGCCUGGAAGCCUUGCGCAAGAAAGACAAAGGCAUAGCCGCCCCUUUCCGGGAUUCUAAACUGACCCGCAUGCUGAACCCGUUCUUCACGCAAGGGGGUUACGUCAGUCUGAUCAUCUGCAUAAACCCCGACGUCCACCUACAGGAUGAGACCAUGGACACGAUCAGAUUCUCUGCUAUCGCUUCAGAAAUCGUCCAGGAUCCAGUCAGACCUAUCGAGCGACUCCGACAGCUCCGAAGACUAACUCUCGGCUGUAUUGAGAACAGUCCGAUGAAAAUCGUCUACGACACCGACGUAGAGCACUGGCAGGAUGCCGUGAACGGCACCGCCGUGCACGACGGGGUCGCUUAUCUUGAAGUCAAAGCCAGCUACUUCAACGACAUGGCGCGAGAUAUUCUCCGCGCCGAGAAACUGCUGACAGCGAACGAAGAGGAAAUCGAAUCCUUAAAGGGGAGACUGAGGGAGAGCGAGGUUUCGAAAGAAAACAUCAAGCUCAUGUAUCAGGACAAGAUGAAGGAGCAGAGGGAGAAAUUUUCGGCGCAGCGUGCGGAGUUGGAAGAAAUGCAUCGAGACAUGCAGAGGACUCUCGUGGAGGAGCUCGAAGAGGACAUCCAGACCUACAAAGACAAGUACACGAAAUACAGGGACGGAUAUGCGAAACUGAGCCAAUAUCUAAAGGACAGACUUUGGCCAGAGGUUUAUCUCUACCGCGAGAGAUUCGGUCAUCUGCCCGAGUUCCCGCCAAUGGAUGGAGCUCAAGAGAGUGAAACGAAAGCAGAAAACACGCUGAGGUACUGGCAAGAUAAACUCCAAGACAUGGAGCUCAAGUAUCGGGCUCUGAAAAGCAAAAUGAGUGAUAAGAAUAAGGAGCUGCAUCAAUUGGAGGAAGCAGUCCAGGAACAAGAGAAGUCGCUCCGGGAAACCCUCGCGGAGUGCGUGGAGGCUCGGGGAGAAUCGGCAACUUUGAAGCGCCAGGUGACGGAACUAAGCGAGCAAGUGGUAGCGCUGAAGGAUCAAUUGGACGACCAUGAGACGCUGGUCGAAGAAGUGAGCGAUCUGAAACGAUGUCUACGGGACGCCGAGGAACGUAGAGAAUGUCUCGUCGUCCAGCAUCAGAUAGAGAUCAACUCUCUGGAGGAAGAACUUCGGGGGCUCAAAGCAGAGCUCAGCGACGGUGUCGUCGAGCUUCGCCCGGAUAAUCCCAUGCUAGUUGCGGCACGAAUGCGGCGCGGCGUCGUCAACGGUCACGAUCUCAAAACACCGUCGAGAAUGAGCUCCAGAACACCGUCAACAGCCCGGACCAGGACACCGAGUAUGAUUUGCACGAAAACACCGACACGCUUGAGAUCACCGACUUCGAUUGUCACGCGGACACCGUCUGGACAUCUCACGAAAACACCGUCGAAGUAUCUCACAAAAACGCCGUCAAAGCGAAUCGAGGAGACACCCUCGAAGCUCCCCGCAAGAACUCCUCGAAGCAGGCUUGCGUCCCUCGAUGAUUAAUAAAGAGACUAUAG